CAGCAGCAGCAGCAGCAGAGCCUCCCGUCUGCCUCUCCGCCCGGAUCCCCUCUCUGUUUGCGGACUGAUCUGCACAAGGUGUGUUUGCUGCCGAUGUGCCCCGCCCCCUCGUGACUUCAUGAUGACGGCGAUGGAGUUGGACCACAUGGACCUUCAGACCUCAGUCCUUCAGACUCAGUUCAGCAGCAGCAACGACACGGUGAACAACCGCUGGGACGAGGAGUGGGACAACGAGAACAGCUCGGCCCGGCUGUUCGAGCGCUCGAGGAUCAAAGCACUCGCAGACGAGCGCGAGGCGGUGCAGAAGAAGACCUUCACUAAGUGGGUGAACUCUCACCUGUCCAGGGUCUCCUGCAGGAUCUCAGACCUGUACCUGGACCUGAGGGAUGGAAGGUCCCUCAUCAAGCUGCUGGAGGUGCUGUCGGGGGAGAAACUGCCGAAGCCCACUAAAGGCCGGAUGCGGAUCCACUGCCUGGAGAACGUGGACAAGGCUCUGCAGUUUCUGAAGGAGCAGAGAGUUCACCUGGAGAACAUGGGCUGCCACGACAUUGUGGACGGGAACCACCGCCUGACGCUGGGCCUCAUCUGGACCAUCAUCCUGCGCUUCCAGAUCCAGGACAUCAUUGUGGAUUGUGACGACAACAAAGAGAAGCGUUCUGCUAAGGACGCUCUGCUGCUCUGGUGCCAGAUGAAGACCGCCGGGUAUCCAAACGUCAACAUCCGCAACUUCAGCACCAGCUGGAGAGACGGCAUGGCCUUCAACGCACUCAUCCACAAGCACAGGCCCGAUCUGAUCGACUUCGAUAAGCUGAAGAAGUCGAACGCUCACCACAACCUUCAGGACGCUUUCAACCUGGCGGAGCAACACCUGGGCAUCACCAAGCUGCUGGACCCCGAGGACAUCAGCGUGGACCAGCCGGACGAUAAGUCGGUGAUCACCUACGUGGUGACGUACUACCACUACUUCUCCAAGAUGAAGGCUCUGAAGGUGGAGGGGAAGCGCAUCGGCAAGGUGCUGGAAAACGCCAUAGAGACGGAGAAGAUGGUGGAGAAGUACGAGUCUCUGGCCUCAGACCUGCUGGAGUGGAUCGAGCAGACCAUCAUCAUCCUCAACAACAGGAAGUUCGCCAACGCCCUGCUGGGGGUCCAGCAGCAGCUGCAGGCCUUCAACACCUACCGGACCGCGGAGAAGCCCCCCAAGUUCACAGAGAAGGGGAACCUGGAGGUCCUGCUGUUCACCAUCCAGAGUAAGAUGAGAGCCAACAACCAGAAGGUGUUCACACCGCGAGAGGGGAAGCUGAUCUCAGACAUCAACAAGGCGUGGGAGCGUCUGGAGAAGGCGGAGCAUGAGCGGGAGCUGGCUCUGAGGAUGGAGCUGAUUCGUCAGGAGAAGCUGGAGCAGCUCGCCAGACGCUUCGACAGGAAGGCGGCCAUGAGAGAGACGUGGCUGAGCGAGAACCAGAGGCUGGUGUCGCAGGAUAACUUUGGCUUCGACCUGCAGGCGGUGGACGCGGCCACCAAGAAGCACGAGGCCAUCGAGACGGACAUCACGGCGUACGAGGAGCGUGUCCAGGCCGUCCUAUCGGUGGCCCGGGAGCUGGAGGCGGAGUCUUACCACGACAUCAAGCGCGUGGCGGCCAGGAAGGAGAACGUGGUGCGGCUGUGGGAGUAUCUGCUGGAGCUGCUGAAGGCCCGCCGGCUGCGGCUGGAGACCAACCUGGGGCUGCAGAGGGUCUUCCAGGAGAUGCUGCACAUCAUGGACUGGAUGGACGAGAUGAAGAUGCUGCUGCUGUCUCAGGACUACGGGAAGCACCUGCUGGGCGUGGAGGACCUGCUGCAGAAACACGCCCUGGUGGAGGCUGACAUCUCCAUCCAGGCCGACCGCGUGAAGGCCGUCAGCUCCAACGCCACCCGGUUCUCCGUCAGCGACGCUGGCUACAAGCCGUGCGACCCUCAGGUGAUCGAGGACCGGGUCUCUCACCUGGAGUUCUGCUACCAGGAGCUGACCCAGCUGGCUGCGGAGCGCCGGUCCCGGCUGGAGGAGUCCCGCCGCCUCUGGAAGUUCUUCUGGGACAUGGCGGAAGAGGAGGGCUGGAUCCGGGAGAAGGAGCAGAUCCUGUCCUCGUUGGAGAACGCCAAAGACCUGACGGGUUCUCUAAGACUGCUGAGUCAGCAGCGAGCGCUGGAGCACGAGAUGAGCGGCCGCAACGGACUCCUGAAGAACACCAUCGCUGAGGGCCAGGACAUGGUGCAGGCCGGACACUUUGCCGCCACAAAGAUCCAGGAGCGUGUGUGCGACCUGCAGGACCAGUGGGCGGCUCUGGAGCGCCUGGCAGCGGCGAGGAAGAGGAAGCUGGAGGAGGCUCUGGCGCUUCAUCAGUUCCAGACGGACGCAGACGACGUGGACGCCUGGACGCUGGACGCCCUGCGCAUCGUGUCCAGCGGAGAGACCGGCCACGACGAGUUCUCCACGCAGGCGCUGGUCCGGAAGCACAAGGACGCGGCGGCGGAGGUCUCCAGCUACCGGUCCGUCAUCGACUCGCUGCAGGAGCAGGCCGCCGCGCUGCCGGAGGAGGAGGCGCAGUCUGAGGAGGUCCGCGGGCGCCUGGCCGGCAUCGAGGAGCGAUACAAGGAGGUGUCGGAGCUGACGAAGCUGAGGAAGCAGGCGCUGCAGGACGCGCUGGCGCUCUACAAGAUGUUCAACGAGGCUCACGCCUGCCAGGUCUGGAUCGACGAGAAGGAGCAGUGGCUGAACAGCAUGGAGAUCCCCGAGAAGCUGGAGGACCUGGAGGUGAUCCAGCACCGCUUCGAGAGCCUGGAGCCGGAGAUGAACAACCAAGCGUCCCGGGUCGCCGUGGUGAACCAGAUCGCCCGGCAGCUGAAGCACAACGGACACCCGAGCGAGACAGACAUCAAGACGCAGCAGGACCAACUCAACAACAGGUGGAGCCAGUUCAGAGACCUGGUGGACCUGAAGAAGGAGUCCCUGAACUCGGCGCUCGGCGUGCAGAACUACCACCUGGAGUGCAACGAGACCAAGUCGUGGAUCAAGGAGAAGACCAAGGUGAUCGAGUCCACGCAGGAGCUGGGCAACGACCUGACAGGUGUCAUGGCGCUGCAGCGCAAACUCACCGGCAUGGAGCGAGAUCUCGCCGCCAUCGAGGACAAGCUGGGAGACCUGCGGGGCGAGGCAGAGCGUCUGGCCACAGAGCACCCGGACCAGGCCAAGGCCAUCACGGGCCGGCUGGCGGAGAUCACAGCGGUCUGGGAGGAGAUGAAGAACACCCUGAAGACCCGCGAGGAGUCUCUGGGUGAGGCCAGGAAGCUGCAGCAGUUCCUGCGCGAGCUGGACGACUUCCAGUCCUGGCUGUCUCGCACACAGACCCUCAUCGCCUCCGAGGACAUGCCCAACACGCUGGCCGAGGCCGAGAAGCUGAUGGCGCAGCACGAGGGCAUCAAGAACGAGGUGCAGAACUACGAGGAGGACUACCAGAAGAUGCGGGACAUGGGCGAGCUGGUGACCCAGGGCCAGACGGACGCCCAGCAUAUGUUCCUGAGGCAGCGGCUGGAGGCGCUGCACACCGGCUGGAACGAGCUGCACAAGAUGUGGGAGAACCGGCAGAACCUUCUGACCCAGAGCCACGCGUACCAGCUGUUCCUCAGGGACACCAAGCAGGCCGAGGCCUUCCUCAACAACCAGGAGUACGUUCUGGCUCACACGGAGAUGUCCUCCACGCUGGAAGGAGCUGAGGCAGCCAUCAAGAAGCAGGAGGACUUCAUGACCACGAUGGACGCCAACGAGGAGAAGAUAAACGGCGUGGUGGAGGCGGGGCGGCGUCUCGCCAGCGACGGGAACAUCAACGCUGAGAGAAUCCAGGAGAGAGUCGCCUCCAUCGACGAAAG